CCGACUAUAAAAAUGUUAGGACCUAAGAGUAAACUUUCUCUAAACAGAAUCGCUCGAGACAGAAGGAAAACAAGCUUCAAUGGAUUUCCUGCUGGAGGAUUUCCAGGUAAAAAGGACAACUCGAAUGGUUUGUUAUAGGACUCCCAGAGAACACUUUUGGAGUGAGUAUGGAUCAGAGCAGUUAUGAAUUUGGCAAGGGGAAUAACAGCAACUUAGGAGUACUAAAGUCAUUUGGACUCAACCAUAAAGAAUCUGAAAAAUCUUCUGGAAGAGUUCUAACCAAUGGUCUAUUAGACAUUCAAUUGAGGAAUAAAUAAAAGAAGAUCAAGCUUCAUGGCGAAAGGGAAAUCUGUUCAUGGCCUGGGGACUCUUAAGAAAGGAACACUUUAUGGAGGCCAAGGAGGUGGAGCUCCAAGUGGAUUGAGAAGAUCAUUCAUGGGAGGCAGUAACUUGCUCGCUAUGAGGAAAUCUAGCGUUAAUCGAAAGAAUAAUUUAGAUGAAGAUGAUAAUUCUAUUGGGACAGAUUAUUCAGAUGACGAUAACAAAGAUCUAGAAUAUCGCCAGCGGAACAAAGAGCUGUAUAAGACUUUAAAAUAAAAUUGAUGUGUGAGUGAUCCCAGAUCCACGUAUUAAAACUGCUGAUAACUUACCAUACUUUUCCAUCAUCCAGGAGGACAUCCGUGAAAAGGGCGGCAGGAAAGGCGCAGGAGCUGGAACAGGCCGCAAAAAGAAUGGCAAGAAAGAGAACAGAGACUUUGAUAUUGCUCAUUUCAAGUCCAUUGACUUCUUCAGGUUCAUAAAUGCUCAGGCAAUGAUGAAGAAGACUAAGACUAAAAAGUCACCUUCACUUCAAAGGCAUCAUAAAAGCAGCAAAUAUGCAGGAAUCCAUUUGGGGAAGAAUGAAGAGAAAAAGGUUGAAGAGAAAAUAAAGAUAAUUUAUGAGGAAGGAAACGAGCAGAUGAAGAAAAGUCAGCACGAGAAACAACUACUAAGACUGCUAGAGUCAAGCGGAACUGGCACUAGAGGAAUAGGAAGGCUUCCAGAUACUCAAGAUUCAAUGAAACAAGCUCUGAGAGGAGGUGGUAGAUUAAACCUGAGAAAAGAUGUACUUAAAUAACCAGCUUGGAGACAACAAAAUAUUAAAUGAAAAUUUUAUUGGGAGCAAUAUUAGUAUUGAUAGAGGAAUCACAGGAGUUCACCAUUUGUCAAAUGCAAGACCAGAUAGAUCAGCAAUGAGAGGAAUAGUAAUUGAGCAAUUACAGUUAAAUAAAUUAGAAAAACAAAAGAAAAAAGCUAUGGCUAAAACCAUCAAUGUCUCUAUGGACAACAGUAAACUCAACGCUGCCUAUACUCGUGAAAAGAGAAAACUAGAAAUGGAGAUGCUGAAGCUCAAUGAGAAGUUAGGAACAACUGCAAAAAUACUGAACCUAAUUAGAUACGACAAGAGCCCCACCCCAAUGUAUAAGUUCAAAGAAUUUAAGGAUAAAAUUUCCAAGAUAAGGAAAUAUUCAGAAGCCAAGAAGAAAAAUAAGAAGUCAAAGACAAUUCUUGACAAUAAGAAUGCCAAGAAUAAGUACAAUGUGAGCUCUAAUAGCUCUAUUAUCACUGAAGAUAUUGAGAAAAGUAGUAUGGAUGAUACUCUUUAA